AUGGGCAGGUUCUUCGACAAGCAGCGGAACUUUUCAUACACUGUCAAGUUGUCUAUAGCCGGGGCCCGAGCCGCUGGCACGGCAGCGAGGUGCGAGGCCCGUGUCGUCGGCGCCAAGUUCGUGAGGCUCGAUGGCCCCGUCGCCGUCGACGCCCUGACGCGAGACGACCUCAGCGACCUCAAGCUUGAGGAGCUCCUCAUCGUGGUUCCCGCCGUCUGCUUCCCUUUCGAUGCCGGCUCGCUCGCUUCCGUGUAUUAUGUCUCGGUGGCGCUGCGGUCGGCCCAGGGCGAGGAAAUGCCAGCAGACUUGGCCAGCAUAAAGAUCUCGCCAGCGUUCCUGGCGCGACUCACUGAGAGCGACGCGGAGGACGAGGCGAUCGUGUCUUUCGACUCAGUCGGCGGAUCUGGUCAGCUGGACCUGCUCGGGCUGGCCGAUCUCGCCCUGCAGCCCGACGACUGGAACAUUGGGAUCCUGCUUCGGCUCGUCGCGUUCCCCGCCCCCGCCCCCCGGGGCGACCUGGGGCGCAUCGGCUUCCAGCUCUCCGUCGACGGGAAGAUCGACAGGGGGCG